AUGCAUCCCGUCCACGACUACGGCUACUUGAUCCAUGAGUUUGAUCCGUGGUUCAACUUCCGUGUGGCUCAGUAUCUCUCUAAAAAUGGUUGGUUCAAGUUUGCAGAGUGGUACGAUUACAUGUCUUGGUAUCCCAUUGGACGGCCGAUUGGGACAACCACAUACCCUGGCAUGCAGUUUGCAAGCAUUUGGAUCUGGAACGUGCUGAAGUCCAUCCCCAAGACGGAAGUGGAGCUCCCACUGUGGCUCCUCCAAUCUCUACCGAAAGGAUGGAGGAGCUUCCUUCCUGGCCAUGGACACAUGUCCUUUGGACCGAUGAAGCUGAAUGACGUGUGUGUUUUAACGCCCGCAUGGUUUGGUGCUUUCGCUACCCUCUUCCUAGUGCUGCUGACAAUAGAGGCUUCUGAAAGCCGCUCAGCUGGAGUUGCUGCUGGGAUGGUCAUGGCGAUAAUUCCAGCACAUCUGAUGCGCUCCAGCGCAGGAGAAUAUGACAACGAAGCUGUCGCAGUCACAUGCUUUUGCGCCACGUUUUGGUUAUGGUGCCGAUCGAUCAGAACUCCUGGAUCUUGGCCAUGGGGCAUGCUGGCCGGUCUAGCAUACUUUUCCGCUGCGGCCACCUGGGGUGGCUACAUCUUCGUAAACAAUCUGAUCGGCUUGCAUGCCGCAGUGCUGGUGGCAAUGGGCAAAUACAACUCUGGCUUGUACCGGGCCUACACGCUAUGGUAUGUGGUGGGCACUUGCGGUGCUAUGCUUGUUCCAGUAAUUGGCUGGGCCCCACUACGGGCAAUGGAGCAAAUGCCAUCUCUGCUGGUCUUCAUUGUGUUCCAGUUGCUGGAGGCAUGCGACAUUGUACGCUGUCGUGCCAAGAGUCUGUCUUCUCCAUGGAGAUUUUGCUUGUUUCGAGUGGUCGUAUUUGCGUUGGCCUGUCUUGCCGGGGCAGGCGUCUGCUUUACAUUAUACAGGUUGGGCCACUUUGCGCCGCUGGGCGCGCGAAUAAGGGGUCUCUUCUUGAAGCACAAGAAGACCGGGAACCCUCUGGUGGAUUCCGUUGCAGAGCAUUCGGCAACAAGCAACCAGGCCUAUGAGCAGUACUUGGGAGACGCACGAUUCGUUGCUGCUGUGGGUCUUUUCUUCUGUUGGCACCAACAGACACCAGCCAAAUUGUUCCCGGUAUUGUAUGCCGCUGUUGCGUACCACUUCUCAGCAAAAAUGUCCAGGCUGAUGAUCAUCUGUGGACCAAUUGUGUCGAUGCUUGCUGGCUACCCGAUUGGGAUCGUGUUGGAGUGGUGCCUUCAUCAGUUUCUGAACAUGUUCUGCGCUCCGCGGCCCCAGCCACAGGUUGAGAUGAAGCCAAGAUCUGGAGGUAUGGGAUCAAUAUAUCGCUGCCUGUGGCAGUACUUACAGCCGCUGGCCUUGCCUGCAGAAGUGUCCGAUUUCCUGGAAACAUCCGAGAGUCUACAUUGCAAAUUUCCGAGACCGUGCAGGGCAACUCGCUGCACUGUGGCUGUCCUGGUAUUAGUUGCCGGUUACAAGAGCAUCCGCGAUCAAGUCAAGACCUUUGUCGCGACGUGCGAGGAAAUAGCACCACAUAUGGGGCACCCGUCGAUUGUCUUCAAGAGCCGCCAGGGUCUCAUCACCGACUACCUUGAUGGCUACAAGUGGCUGAAGGCCAACACACCAGCAGAUGCUCGCGUCAUGGCGUGGUGGGACUACGGUUAUCAGAUCACUGGCAUAGGCAAUCGCACAUCUAUUGCAGAUGGCAACACCUGGAACCAUGAGCACAUUGCCACGUUGGGUCGGACUUUGACAAAUCCUGAGAAAAAGGCCCACAACAUCAUGAAACACCUUGCAGACUACGUGCUGGUCUGGGCUGGCGGCCAAGGUGAUGACAUGGGGAAAUCACCUCAUUUGGCACGCAUUGCCAACUCUGUUUUCCCUGAUGUUUGUGGCGAAGAUGAUCCAACUUGCAGGAAGUUUGGUUUCUACGCUGGUGGGAAGCCCACCGAAAUGAUGGCAGCCUCGUUCCUCUACAAGGCUGUCCGGCACAACAUCGAUGAGGGCGUUCGGUUAGACAGCAAGCUUUUCAAAGAGGUGCACACCACCAAGCACGGGCUCAUGCGUAUCUUCAAAGUUCUUGGCGUAUCAGAAGAUUCCAAGAAGUGGGUGGCGAACCCCGAGAACCGCAAGUGCGACGCAGAAGGAAGCUGGUACUGUGUAGGUCAAUACCCUCCUGCGUUGCACAAGCUAAUCUCCAAGCGAAAGAACUUUGCACAGCUGGAGGAUUUCAAUCGCAAAGACGGCGAGAAGAGUGCCUACACCCGCAUGGUGCCUUUGCUGCACAAUCCUUCCAAACGUGAACAGGCGAGCCAUGUGCGCCCUUUGAAUGUGCGGAUUGCGCGGAUUGUGAAGCUUUCGCAGCAACGUUCUUUCAGCGAGGGGGGGCGCAAGCUGAAAGGCAUCGAUGUGAAUGUCAUACGACCGUCGGCUUCGAGAGUGCCCCUGGUGUCAGCAGCCUUAGCAGCAUCAUGUGUUGGCGUGGGGGUCCUUGUAGUGCAGAAGCAGAGAUGGGAGCAGGAGGCAGAAAGGCAACGUGAGGCAGAUGCCUUGCAAAAGGCGAAGCUGGAAUCCGAAGCUGCACUUGCAUUAGCCGAAGCUGCGAAGGCCAAAGCUGCUGCAGCAGAAAAGGCUGCGAAGCAGGAAGCAGAGGCAGAGGAAGCAGCAAGGGCCCAGGAAGCUGCCAAACGCGCACAUGAAGCGGAGUUAAAGUUGCAAGAAGCUUCGCGUAAGAAACAAACGGAAUUUGCAGCUUUGGCUGGCCAGUGCUCCCAACUGCUUGCCGAUCUGAAGCUAGUGGCAGAGGCAGCUGACUUUGCCGAAGUUGAGGAACUUUCAGAAUUCUUGCGGCGCGCGCAAGUCUUUCUUGACGGGGACGCGUUCAAGUCCUUGCAGGAGUCGUCACUGGAUGGGGCAGCUGAAUUGACUGGACAAUGUGCUUAUGCAUUGCAGGUUGCCAAAGAUCACUUGGCAAAGAUGUCCAGAACAGAGGCGGUAGAGAAACAGUUCGAAGCUGCUGCUGCACAAAUUCGCGCAGAAAGGAGAAAGUGGCUUCUGGGUGAAGGUGUCGACAUGCCAGCUCUGACUUCUGCUCUCUCAAAAGCAGAAGCAGCAAUCUCUGAAUUGAAAACGUGUGGCCUUGAUCUGUGGACCCACCUCGAUGAAAGCCAGACUGCAGCUGCUAGACAAAUCAUUGCAAACAUCGAGGAAUCAGAGCAGAAGCAGCAAAGCUGGGAGCAGCAGCGGCAAGCACUGCAUCAAGCAGUUUUGACUCAAGACGCCCCCGCUUGUGAAGAGGCCUUGAAGAGCGAUGUUGACUCUCCUCUGUCAGCCGCCAGGGCGAUCGCAGAGGAAAUACAGAAUCUCCCAAAAAGGGGGUACAACGAUCAGAUCGCAAGUGCAACACAGCAGCUGAUGCCUUUGCUUCCAGACCAAGUCCAAGUUGAUGAGUACACAGCAGCUGCGACUGCCGCAAAUCAUUUCCUGACCAGCCCUGAGUUGCUGGACCAGGCGUCCUCCUUGGCUGAGGCCCUCGCUGCGCAGUACGCGCUAGAAAAGCAAGAGUUGGCGCAUUCCUGGCAGCUCUUAUUGCAAGAAUGGAAGCGUCAAAACGGUCAAGACAUUUCUAGGGUCGUGACUGAGUUUGAGGACCGCAUGAGAACCGAAAAGAUGAAAGUCAUUGAAGGCCAUCAGCAAUCAGCGGCAGAACGAUGCGAGGAAGCUGUUACAGAAGCCGCGGCUGAGAUGCAGGAGAUGGCCGACAAGGACAUCUACAACUUACAGUCCGCGCAGAUGCAAAGCUUGUGGGCAGAGCUAUCACAGGUGCGAGAAGGUCUCAGCAAUCAGUUGCAUCGCUUAGAGCAGGCCCCUGCUCAAUUGCAAGAGUUGUGGAGUUCUCAAAGUUGUCCAGACACCCAGGCCAUGUCGGUGAGCCGCUCGGCCUUGACACUCCUCGCCCUUCGGGAAGACGAAGGAUACGAAGGCCACCCAAACACAAAGCGGUUUGUGGCGGAUGGCAAAGAUAACUUUGCAAACAAGAUGCUCGCUGGUUUGGCAACUGAGCUGAAAAGGCUUGGGCAGGACAGCAGUCACAUCCUCACAAGACAAGAGCUCCAGCGGAAUUUCCAUUCGCAAUUGCCAGAGCUUGUGGCGGCCGUUUUUGAACCCCAGGCUGGGCUGGCAAGUAGCCUUAUCGGACGAAUUUUCGGCAAAAUGUACAUAUUGAAAGGUGAGCAGCAGGAAGCAUCACUUCAUGCAGCGAUCGAGUCCACAUUGGGCCAGUGGAUCCCAGGGCCCGAGCAAGAGCAUACCGGGUCGCAUCGGGACAGCCAGAAGCACAACUUACGAACGUUGGCUCUGGCAGCGCAAUUGGUUGACACUGGUAAGCUGCAGGAAGCGGUCGACACCUUGGAAAGCUCUUUGAGCGGAUCACUUAGCUUCAGUGUCUGUUUGCCGGCGGUCAACGAUCCAGACGUCAAGACACCCCUGGCUGGUCAAACGGUUGGUCAGGCUGUGCAUGGCUCCCCGGUGGUAAGGACGGCCUACUACGAAUGCCAGCUGGCCAUCGACUGCAGGCUGAAAGCUUGGUGCUGGACGUGCGAGUACUACCGGCAACAGGGCUUGUGUGGACAGCUCAACGGAGCUGUGAAGGCAAUCCGGCAGUCUGCGAGGCUGGUCACAACCUUUCCACCUGCAUUUGCUUACCUGGCCACUGCGCUUCGACCGAUGGCUCGUGGUGAGGUAUCCAUCAUCCUGAAUACCAGCCUUGGUGACUUCGAAAUUCAGGUGGUAGCUGGUCUGGCUGUGCCUAUGAAGAAGGUGGUCGAAAUUCUGCUUGGUGCCGGCCUACUCCAGGAGCAGUGUACUACCGGGCAAAAGGCCUUUGCAACAACGCAUCCGGGAGCGAAUGGGCAAUGGGCAAGCUGCACAACUACCCAGAAUACAAUUGCUGUGGCUGCCAUGCUGUCAAGAACACCACGUGCAACAGGAACACGGGCGGUCUCUGCAGCUUUGGUUAUUGCGAUCCUUCCCGCGGGCCGACGGUUUGUGUUGGAGGUAAGUGCCUCUGUCAAGAGGGUUGAGGCAGUGGCUAAGUCCUUGCUGACCCCGGAAGGGGUUCAUGAGGCUGCGGGGCAGGCAACCAAAGCUGGGAUUUCAGCAGCGGAAGCAGCAAGAACUGCCGGUAAAAGCGCCACUGACGACGUCAACGCCGCUGCCACCGCUGCAGGUUCAAUUACGUCUUGA